AUGUCUGACCAAGUACAAGAGAGACCCAAGGCCAAGCGCGCCGACUCCGAAGUAUCGUCCACCGCCGAGGACGACCCAGGCUAUGAGUCCCGCUCCCGGUCACAAUCUCGCCGACGUCGGCGACAGAACCAACGCCAGCGACAAGUACAGACCAAGGCUCAGGCCGGCAAUGCCAAAGCAGACUCCAUGGCGGCGGUCAAAGAGGAGCCGCAGCAGGAGGAACAGGAAGCUCAGCAGGAGGAAGAACGGCAUCCAGAUUGGCCUUAUGCUCCACGAGACCAGUGGCUGUCAAACCCCGCCACCCAAGACACCACCGAAUUCCAACCAUUUGAAAGGAUAAAGCCUCCUCAAGAUUCGAUGGCGGGGCCUGUUACAUAUGCUCGCAUGAUGCGAGGAGAGAUCCCCUGGAGAGGUCCUCCUCCUCGCCAACCCUACGACACCACGCAGGGUGUGGAUGCCACCAUGGGCGGUACAGACGGGAAAGAUCCCAUGGAUCAGGAUGGCUUGAAGCUGCGCAUUGAGCUGAACCUGGAUAUUGAGAUCGAGCUAAAGGCCAGCAUUCAUGGUGACCUGACGCUGGCGCUAAUGUAA